AUGUUCUCCAGAAAGUUGACUAGGAUCAUAAAAUACGGCUUUUAUGGUGGUGUUGCUGUUGGUGGUUGUGUAACUGCUUUAAAAUUUCAUGAUGGUGAUUAUAAUUCGUUAGCCAUCGUCAGAAUCACGAGGACAGCAUGUACUGCUGUGGACAUAGGCAGGACUUACCAGUCUUUGUUGUACAGCAAAGAUUGGGAUAGAUCGUCCCCCGAGUAUUUAGAAGUGAAGAAACAAGCUCAUCAAAUUGGGGCAGAGAAACUGCUUGAAUUAUGCAAAGCUAACAAAGGUGUGUACAUUAAAGUUGGACAGCACGUAGGCGCGUUAGAUUACUUGUUGCCUACUGAAUAUGUCAAAACAAUGCGUGUUUUGCAUAAAGAUGCGCCUCAAAACACAGUCGAAGAACUAUACAAUGUCAUCAGGGAAGAUUUGAAAAAGGAUCCAAAGGAACUGUUUGACGACUUUGAACCUGAACCUCUGGGCACAGCGUCACUAGCACAAGUUCAUAAAGCAAAAUUAAAAGAUGGUACUGAAGUUGCGGUCAAAGUACAACAUCAUUUUGUGAGGAAAAAUAUUAAGAUUGACUUAAAAUGGAUGGAAUUUAUUAUAAACACAAUGUCAAAAGUAUUUCCUGACUUCCAAAUGCAAUGGCUAGUGGAUGAAACGAAGAAAAACAUUGCAAAAGAGCUGGAUUUCCUGCAAGAGGGUCAAAAUGCAGAGAAGGUAGCUGAAUUGUUCAGUAAUUACAAAUGGCUGAAGGUUCCAAAGAUUUUCUGGGAUUACAGUACAGAGAGAGUGCUGGUCAUGGAAUAUGUUUACGGUGGACAAGUUAAUGAUGUUAAUUAUAUUGAUACACAUAAAAUCAACAGAUAUGAUUUAUGUAAGAAGCUUGGUGAUCUCUACUCCCACAUGAUCUUCAUAACUGGUUUUGUGCACAGUGAUCCACAUCCAGGGAAUAUACUGGUUAAAAAAGCUCCAGGAGACAAGGAUGUAACAGUCUAUUUGCUGGACCAUGGGUUAUAUGCGCAACUUUCGGAUAAAUUCAGAUAUCACUAUUCAAAAUUGUGGCUAUCCAUUAUAGACAGAAAUCGUCAAGAAAUGAAAGUACAUGCAGAGCAGCUAGGUAUUCGAAAUGAAUUGUAUGGUUUGUUUGCUUGUAUGGUAACGGGUAGACCUUGGGAUUCUAUUAUGAAAGGAAUUGGCAAAACUAAGCCAUCUUCAGAAGAGAAAUCAACUUUCCAAAACGAAUUGCCUAACAUUCUCCAUCAUAUCACUGAUUGCCUGGAGCAUGUGGACCGGCAAGCAUUAUUGGUUCUCAAAACCAAUGACUUAAUCCGUAGUAUAGAAUAUGCUCUAGGAACACAAGAGAGAAUGUGUGGUUUUGUUGUAAUGAGUAAAUGCUGCAUACAAAGCGCAUAUAGAGAAGAAAUUAAUAAAGAGAAGUCUAUAUUUAGAAGACAAUACUUAAAUUUAAAAUUUAGUUGGACCAUGCUGGUGCUUUACUUGUACAGUGUAUAUUUAAAUUUAUGUGAUACAUUAAUAUUAUAAAAAACAUUCUUUCUAAAGCCUAUAUAUGUAGUGAGAAUUGACUAAUUUUAUAAGCGUAUUUAUAUAAAAUGAUGUAAGUAAACUUUUUUAGGGUAACUUAUUGCUGUUCUCCAAAGUUAAAUCAAAAAUGGUAUAAAAAUUAUAAAUUAGUUU